AUGUGGAAUCCCCUCGGAAGCCCACCAGUGAACGAUACCACGCCGUGGCACCCCGAACCCACCUUCCGCGGCACCUUCUCCAUCUUAUCCGGUUGCAUCAUCACCCUAAUCUUGUGCGUCUGGACUGCCGUCCAUCUGAACGUACCGGAACACAAGAAGGAGCAUAUGCAGAAGUACCGGAAGUUUAAAUGGCUUGCCAUAGGUCUGUUCGCACCAGAGUUGAUUGCCUGGACAGCCUUCGACCAGUACACAUCGGCCAGAAAGUUUGACAAAGAUAUGAGGACUCUCUUAGGAGAACCUCCGGAGCCGACAUUGAGCCAGAGAUUGUCACGUUUCCUAAGACGUAUUGUUCGAGCAAAGGAACCCUAUUCGGCAGACAUCGAACUUCCAGCAAUCUCAGCAACCACAGCAGGAACCAAGAGGAAUCACCCGUGGACGUUCGUACACAGCCCAUACGUGGUCAUGGGUGGCAUGGUGUUUGACAUCAGCCACGUAGAACGAAAGUUCUUGCCGGACGAACGCACGCGUCUCACACUUACGACUAAGGAGUUACUCAACCUUGCGGAAUACUACCCAUCAUUGGUGCCAGAUAUCUCACAAGCCGAGAUUGAGGACAAGAGUAAGGGGGACGGUUUGGCGAAGACACUCGUCUGCGUGCAGGUCUUAUGGUUCUGCAUCCAGUGCAUUACAAGACUUGCGCAGGGCCUGUCCGUUAGCUUGCUCGAACUCAACACAUUUGGCCACGCCCUUUGUGCAAUGCUCAUAUAUCUCCUGUGGUGGUACAAGCCACUCGACGUGUCAGAGCCGACACUCAUUACCGAUGAGAGUGCGCAUCCAGUUUGUGCCGUCAUGUGCACUUUGAGUGAGGUUGGAAGUUUCUUUGAGUAUAUGGACUAUGGAGGCACUUCCCAACGGUGGUCAGAGCGGACAGACAAACGGAACUUCCUCAGUUAG